AUGUUGAACAAGAUGACCUUACAUCCACAGCAGAUAAUGAUAGGUCCUAGGUUUAACAGGGCCUUAUUUGACCCCCUGCUUGUGGUGCUGCUGGCUCUUCAACUUCUUGUGGUGGCUGGUCUGGUGCGGGCUCAAACCUGCCCUUCCGUCUGCUCCUGCAGCAACCAGUUCAGCAAGGUGAUUUGCGUUCGGAAAAACCUACGUGAGGUUCCAGAUGGCAUCUCCACCAACACCCGGCUGCUGAACCUCCAUGAGAACCAAAUCCAGAUCAUCAAAGUGAACAGCUUCAAACACUUGAGGCACCUGGAAAUCCUACAGUUGAGUAGGAAUCAUAUCAGAACAAUUGAAAUUGGGGCCUUCAAUGGUCUGGCAAACCUCAACACCCUGGAACUCUUUGACAAUCGUCUUACAACCAUCCCAAAUGGAGCUUUUGUAUAUUUGUCUAAACUGAAGGAGCUCUGGUUGCGAAACAACCCCAUCGAAAGCAUCCCUUCUUAUGCUUUUAACAGAAUCCCUUCUUUGCGCCGGCUAGACUUAGGGGAAUUAAAAAGGCUUUCAUAUAUCUCAGAAGGUGCCUUUGAAGGUCUGUCCAACUUGAGGUAUUUGAACCUUGCCAUGUGCAACCUCCGAGAAAUCCCUAACCUCACGCCGCUCAUAAAACUAGAUGAGCUGGAUCUUUCUGGGAAUCAUCUGUCUGCCAUCAGGCCUGGCUCUUUCCAGGGGUUGAUGCACCUUCAAAAACUGUGGAUGAUACAGUCCCAGAUUCAAGUGAUUGAACGGAAUGCCUUUGAUAACCUUCAGUCACUGGUGGAGAUCAACCUGGCACACAACAAUCUAACAUUACUGCCUCAUGACCUCUUCACACCCUUGCAUCAUCUAGAACGGAUACACUUACAUCACAACCCCUGGAACUGUAACUGUGACAUACUGUGGCUCAGCUGGUGGAUAAAAGACAUGGCCCCCUCCAACACAGCUUGCUGUGCCCGGUGUAACACCCCUUCCAAUCUGAAAGGCAGGUACAUUGGGGAGCUUGACCAGAAUUAUUUCACAUGCUAUGCUCCUGUCAUUGUGGAGCCCCCAGCAGACCUCAAUGUCACUGAAGGCAUGGCAGCUGAGCUGAAAUGUCGGGCCUCCACGUCCCUGACUUCUGUAUCUUGGAUUACUCCAAAUGGAACAGUCAUGACACAUGGGGCAUACAAAGUGCGGAUAGCUGUGCUCAGCGAUGGCACGUUAAACUUCACGAAUGUAACUGUGCAAGAUACAGGCAUGUACACAUGUAUGGUGAGUAAUUCUGUUGGAAAUACCACUGCUUCGGCCACCCUGAAUGUUACUGCAGCAAACACUACUCCCUUCUCGUACUUUUCAACCGUCACGGUAGAGACUAUGGAACCUUCUCAGGAUGAGGCAAGGACCACAGAUAACAAUGUGGGUCCCACUCCGGUGAUCGACUGGGAGACCACCAACGUGACCACCUCUCUCACGCCACAGAGCACAAGGUCAACAGAAAAAACAUUCACCAUCCCCGUGACCGAUAUAAACAGUGGGAUCCCAGGAAUCGAUGAAGUCAUGAAGACUACCAAAAUCAUCAUUGGCUGUUUUGUGGCCAUCACGCUCAUGGCUGCAGUGAUGCUGGUCAUUUUCUACAAGAUGAGGAAGCAGCACCAUCGGCAAAACCAUCAUGCCCCAACGAGGACUGUUGAAAUCAUUAAUGUGGAUGAUGAGAUUACAGGAGACACACCCAUGGAAAGCCACCUGCCCAUGCCUGCUAUUGAGCAUGAGCACCUAAACCACUACAACUCUUACAAAUCUCCCUUCAACCACACAACAACAGUUAACACAAUAAAUUCAAUACACAGUUCAGUGCAUGAACCGUUAUUGAUCCGAAUGAACUCUAAAGACAAUGUCCAAGAGACUCAAAUCUAAAACAUUUACAGUUAUGAAAAACA